CUGAAACUGCUACACCGGAACUGUUUUAGGCCAGGGGCAGCCACGCCGCCGCCGGAGACUUCCGUGUUAUGGGCCGCAACAAGAAGAAGAAGAAGCGAGAUGGCGAUGACCGGAGGCCCCGGCUCGUUCUCAACUUCGAUGAAGAGAAGCGGCGGGACUACCUGACAGGCUUCCACAAGCGGAAGGUAGAACGUAGGAAGGCGGCCAUUGAAGAGAUAAAGCAGAAGCUGAAGCAGGAGCAGAAGAAACUCCGGGAAGAGCGCCACCAGGAGUACCUGAAGAUGCUGGCAGAAAGAGAGGAGGCGCUAGAGGAGGCAGAUGAGCUGGAGCGGCUGGUGACAGCAAAAACAGAAUCGGUGCAGUACGACCACCCCAAUCACACAGUCACUGUCACCACCAUCAGUGACCUGGACCUCUCAGGGGCCCGGCUGCUAGGUCUGCCCCUGCCUGAGCAAGGGGACUGUGAUGGGUCCCAGGAGGAGGUGUCUUCCUUGGAGAAGCCAACAAAAGCCUUGCCCAGGAAGUCCAAAGAUCCUCUGCUCUCUCAGCGCAUCUCCUCCCUCACAGCCACACUGCAUGCACACAGUCGGAAGAAGGUGAAGAGGAAACACCCUCGCCGGGCCCAGGACUCCACCAAGAAGCCCCCAAGUGCCACUCGUACCAGCAAGACCCAGCGUCGCCGCCGGAUGACGGGAAAAGCCAGGCACAGCGGGGAGUGAGCCCUCAAGCAGCCUGUGGCUCCCCAGCCAGAGUCCUUGGCUGUCCCUAUAACCUAGCUACACUGAGGGGUAACUGCAGCCUAAGCCUGAAAAUCAGGAUGUCUCCAGCCUGGGGUCAUCCUUGCUUGGGAGCCUCCCUGGGGUCUGAGCCCAGAAAGAAUGGGCUUUUGAGAGCCUGGGCUCCAGGAGCCAGCAGAGCAGUGUUGGGGUUCCUUCCCAAAUGUACACCCACCUGGUACUCAACAGAUCUCUGAAACUCC